ACAGUCCCUGGGUGGCUUUUGAAAAGAACUUUGAUCUUUGGUUCAUCUCUGGUUCCCCUCCGAAGUCCUCCUCGUAGUCGUCGCCCUCCUAGUGGUAACCGGAGUCUGGGCACGGCGGGCACUCGCCGUGAGGAAGCCCCCACCCUCUGGCUCACACUGGGCGUGUGGAGCCUGCGUGUAAAAAGUGCGUGUGAGCGUUUAUGGCCGUAACGAGGCGGUGUGUGUGCGGUGAUGAAGCCGUGACAGGUGCAAGAUGUGGGACCCACUGGCUCUGAUGUGAGCAACACUUUCUUUGGACUGUGAAUUUCUUCCAAAGUGGAAACAAGAAGAGGACUAAUAAAUACUCUGAAUUCUUAAAAAAACAAAAAAAGCCAUGGCCCAUGGGUUGGUGAUGUUCAAAGAUGUGGCUAUAGAUGUCUCUCAGGAGGAAUGGGAAUGCCUGAGCCCUGCGCAGAGGAAUUUGUACAAAGAUGUGAUGUUGGAGAACUAUAGCAACCUGGUUUCACUGGGACUUUCUGUUUCUAAGCCAGCUGUGAUCACUUCACUGGAGCAAGGGAAGGAGCCCUGGAUGGUUUUGAGGGAGGUGACAGGAGAACGGUGCCCAGAUUUGGUGUCCAAGUGUGAGCCCAAGAAGUUAUCUCCAAAAAGAAACAUUUAUGAGACAGAAUCAUCCCAGUGGGUUAUCACAGACCCAUUUAAAAACCAUAGUCCUGAGAAAUCCAUUUUCAGAGACAUUCAGGCAUGCAAAAAUCAGUUUGAGAGACAACAGGGAAAACAGGAGGGCUAUUUCAGGCAAUUUGUUAUCAACCAUGAACACAUGCCCGUUUUUAGCCAACAUAUUUUGUUCACUCAGGAAUUUUAUAAUAGACAGAAAAUCUUUGAAUGUAAAGAAUGCAGGAAAAACUUCAGUUACCAUUUAUUCUUUAGUCAUCACAAAGCUCAUUCUAAAGAAAAACUUUCUGACUGUAAGGAAUGUGCAGAAACUGUUGAUACAUCAUACCUUACUAAACAGAGAAUUCAAAAUAGUAACAAGUGCAAUGAAUGUAAGGAAUGUUGGAAGGCCCUUAUUCGUUAUUCACAAUUUAAACAACAUUUGAGAAUUCAUAAUGGUGAAAAAUGUAAAGAAUGUGGCAAGGUCUUUAAUUAUGGCUCAGAACUUAUUCUGCAUCAGAGAAUUCACACUGGUGAGAAACCCGAUGGACGUAAGGAAUGUGGGAAGUCCUUUAUGCAGCUGUCACAACUUAUUCAACAUCAAGGACUUCACACUGGUGAGAAACCCUAUGAAUGUAAACAAUGUGGCAAGGCUUUUAUUUGUUGCUUUCAACUUACUGAACAUCUACCACUCCAUACUGGUAAGAAACUCUUUGACUGUAAAGAAUGUGAAAAGACUUUCAGGCAUCGAUCACCCAUUACCAUACAUCAGAGACUUCAUACUCACAAGAAACCUUAUGAGUGUAAAGUAUGUGGGAAGGCCUUUAAUUAUGGUUCAGAACUUAUUCUACACCAGAGAAUUCACACUGGUGAGAAACCCUAUGAAUGUAAGGAAUGUGGGAAGGCAUUUAGGCAACGAUCACAGCUUACUCAACAUCAAAGACUUCACACUGGUGAAAAACCCUAUGAAUGUAAGCAAUGUGGGAAGGCUUUUAUUCGUAGCUUUCAACUUACUGAACAUCUGAGACUCCAUACUGGUGAAAAACCCUAUGAAUGUAAAGAAUGUGGGAAGACUUUCAGGCAUCGAUCACACCUUACAAUACAUCAGAGAAUUCAUACCGGUGAGAAACCCUAUGAAUGUAAAGAAUGUGGAAAGGCCUUUAGCUAUCAUUCAAGCUUCUCUCACCAUCAGAAAAUUCAUUCUGGCAAAAAACCUUAUGAAUGUAGUGAAUGUGGGAAGGCCUUUUGUGACAGCUUACAACUUACUCUACAUCAGAGGAUUCAUACUGGUGAGAAACCCUAUGAGUGUAAGGAAUGUGGAAAGACUUUUAGACAGUGCUCACACCUCAGAAGACAUCAGAGAAUUCACACUGGUGAGAAACCUCAUGAAUGUGUGAUAUGUGGUAAAGCCUUUAGACUUCAUUCACACCUUAUUCAACAUCAGAGAAUUCAUACUGGUGAGAAGCCCUUUGAAUGUAAGGAAUGUGGAAAGGCCUUUAGCUAUCAUUCAAGCUUCUCGCACCAUCAAAGAAUUCAUUCUGGGAAGAAACCAUAUGAAUGUGGGAAGGCCAUUAAUCGUGGCUUACAAUUUAACCUACAUCAGACACUUCAUACUGUUGAAACACCAGUACGUUUUCUUCUCCCCACAUCCUAGUCUAGCAUCAGAAAAUUCUUUUUGGAAACAUACAUUUCCUUUUUUUCUUCAAGGAAAAUGUUGGUAAAAUACUGGGUUUCAUUAGUAUUGAUUUAGUUUAGUAAUCUUUCUACUCUGUUUUUUAAGUGGGAAAAUGAAGUUAUUAAAAGGAAAAAACAAUGCUCUGGUUUCGAUGCUGAUUCUGAGUUAUUGUAAUUAUCAGUAUUGGAAGUAAAUUUUAUAAAACUGUGUUUUCACUGAAACCAGUGAAGUGGGGAGGAAAUAAAAUGAAAACAAUUUCUUCCUCUCCUA